CGCGUCGUGGUAAUAUGAAAAUGCUGUUCAGUGCUUUUCAAGGCCUUGCUGAAGAUACUUAUAGAAUAUUCAAAAUUAAUUACACAGUUAAUUUAUUGGUAACUAUUUUCGUCUAAACAGUAGCAAUUGCCUUUGAUGCUCUGCUAACUCGCUCAGUUGAUUGGUGAAGCUUUUAGAAUUUUCAGUCUGAGUUUAACAUUUAUUGCAAAAUGCUGCAAAAACGAUUGAUGAAUUUACUUUUUGGUGUGAGUGCCCUUAUACUGUUUUCAAAGCUGAAUUGGUAUGGAGUAUAUUGUGGACAGGGAAUGGGUGAAGCUGAAAAAUCUUUAACAAUUUCAAGAUCAGGGCAAGGAAACGAAAUUCACAUAAGUAUUCUUAAUAGUCCAGUCCCAGGAGAGUUGAACACUGGGGUGCAAAAUGAAAGAGCUGUAUGCAUUGAGAUGGCAGGAUAUAGGUACCAUCAUGACAACUUCAGAAUCAGAGUCAACUCGAAAAAGACCGGUACUGGUCAACAAAGUAUGGAUCUUUCCAAUAAAUGGUCUCGUACGCCGACUUUUAAAAGCUACAUCUGCACCAGUCCACAGGUAGCUAAUUUUUUCUUCUACCGAGUGGAGCAAAUAUUUGUGCAUAAAAGUAUAUUGCAAGUAUCAACUGCCUUCUUUUAUGAUAAGAGAUUGGAUGCUGAACGGGCGGAAAUAACGGAAUAUGGUGAAAACUGUGGUAAAAGUACAGCUAACAUAAAAGUGGUAACUUACAGAACCUUUGACGAUCCGAGUACAAACAAAAUAUAUAGUGGCGCUGUGAAAAUUUUAGCACCUUAAAGAAGUUUGAAGAGUAAAUUCUUUUAUUCAUGAAGUAAAAUGCCUCUUAUCUUUCUUGUUUUUAAAGUUUUGUUUCCAGUGUGUUUUUAAUUUAUCAUUUGUGUAUUGCAAUACACGAUUAUAAUAUUGUUGAAUAGUCUAGAUAUUGGUUGUAGAGUAGUAGUGUAUUUUUGCUUUCAAAGUUUUGUUUCGAGUGUGUUUUUGAUUUCUCAUUUUUGUGUAUUGCAGAAUACACGAUUAUAAUAUUGUUGAAUAGCCUAGAUAUUGGUUGUAGAGUAGUAGUGUAUUUUUGCUUUCAAAGUUUUGUUUCGAGUGUGUUUUUGAUUUCUCAUUUUUGUGUAUUGCAGAAUACACGAUUAUAAUAUGUUGAAUAGCCUAGAUAUUGGUUGUAGAGUAGUAGUGUAUUUUUGCUUUCAAAGUUUUGUUUCGAGUGUGUUUUUGAUUUCUCAUUUUUGUGUAUUGCAGAAUACACGAUUAUAAUAUUGUUGAAUAGCCUAGAUAUUGGUUGUAGAGUAGUAGUGUAUUUUUGCUUUCAAAGUUUUGUUUCGAGUGUGUUUUUGAUUUCUCAUUUUUGUGUAUUGCAGAAUACACGAUUAUAAUAUUGUUGAAUAGCCUAGAUAUUGGUUGUAGAGUAGUAUUGCUUUCAAAGUUUUGUUUCGAGUGUGUUAUCAAAUUCUCAUUGUUAAGUAUUGCAGAAUACACAAUUAUUGUUCAAUAGUCUGUUGGUUGUAGAGUAGUAUUACAUUGUAGUUUAUGUAAAAUGUAAUUUUAAAGCAAACCUUCUAUCAAGAUGUGAGAAUUCUAGUAAUAAUUCAAGAAUCAAUAAAAAUUGAGUUUUCACGA